AUGAAGGAUGGUGAAAGACAGCUUCUGGGUUUGGUUUUAGCUAUUAUCGGUUUCUUGGGGAGCUUCAUCAGCUGUGCUCUCCCUACAUGGAUUUUCACUAGCUGGAAUACUGCAAAGGGUUUGUGGAAGUCCUGUGUGUUUGACUACUACCGGACAACACAGAUGCAGUGCAAAACUUAUGAUUCUCUGCACGAUUUACCACUGGACUUUCAGGCUGCCAGAGUGCUCAUCGUCAUCGCCAUCAUUGUCGGGAUCUUUGGGAUCAUGGUUGGUGUUGUUGGGGGCAACUGUACCACCUUGAUGUCGAAUAAAAGGAAAAACAGCAAAGAGGCUAUAGCUUCUGGAAUUGUCUUCAUCACUGCAGGAUGCUUUGUGUUUAUGCCAGUCUGCAAGGUCACCAUCAACAUCACUAUGACCUGCAUGUUGUCAAACUCUGUGUCGAUGGGGGCCUCACUUUACAUUGGCUGGGCUGCUUCCGGGCUGCUAUUACUGGGAGGAGGCCUCCUCUGCUGCUCAUGUUACUGCAGGAAAAAGAUUGACCUUAAGGUUGAGUACCCCAAACCUUGCCUCUGUGUAAUACCGUAG